AUGCGAGGCUGGUACUUCUUGGCAAAAUGCUUGUUGCUGAGAUGCCGAUGCUGCAGGUGUAUUUGGGAAGCCCCAAUACAUGGAGGACCUGAUCAACUUCAAGCCUUGCGCCAUUUUGCAACUGAUUUGCAGCGCUGGGGUGAGAAGAAUGCUGGUAUGGAGUGGCCCAUCUUGGCACAGCGCUAUGACCUGGUCAUUUUUGUCCUCCUUCUUCAGAUUGCACUCUUCGGCAAUUUCAGAUGGUCUGGAGGAGCGUUGUUCCUCCUCCUUUUAGUCGUUGUCUUGCUACUCCGCCGAAGCACCUUGGUCGGCCUGGAUCGAUGGCGCAGCUUCUUCAGCCUUCUGGAAACCUUGGGUUUUCUUCUCUUUGCCGCCGUGCUGAAUGCCGCCUAUUCACCUGCAGCGGGCUUGGGAGUGCUGGUGAUGGCCAUCGUGCUGCAGUGCUUCAUGGCCCGCACAGAGCUACGGGCCUAUCGAACCAUGCGAGCAGUGACCCUGGGGCUUCAUUGCAGCCUAGUGGUCAUCGUAGCAAUUUGCAUGUGGUCCAUGGAGGGCGGCUCUCAUUGGAGUGGCCAUCGAAAAGCACCUGCUGAAAAUGCCAUCGGUGGCAGCGUGGAAGAAUACCCUUUUUGCCAUCUCAAGUGGCCUUUGGGAAAGGAAGGAAAGCAGGAGAUGUCCCUGAUCGAUUUUGCCGACAUGUGCGCGUUGACUAACCUGCCAAGCUCAGAUUUCAACUCUUCAUUGGAGUCACGAUUUCCUGGUUGGAGCUUGUUGUACGAGCGGCGUGGAGGGGAGAGCCACAGCUAUGGCUACAAUGACUGGACCACCUUCUUUGAACUGGCGGAUCCCAGCAACGAAACCACCAUUUUCGCGGUCCGUGGCACGCAAAGCCCACUGGAUGUCAUGCAAGACUUGAACAUCUUCACACCCGUGGCAGUCACUCAAAUUGCAGCUUAUUUCGGUCCGGACUUGACCUCGUCCGUGACGAAGACCGUCUUCGCGCUGUUUUCUGGCUUGCCCACCAUUGACAAGGAUUUCUUCCAAGUCUUGCUGGAGCAUGUGAAGAAUCGAGUCAAGGGUUCUCCAGACAGACGGUUUUACCUUACAGGCCACUCUCUGGGGGGUGGCCUGGCCAAGCUGGUGGCUUUGGAAGUGGGGCAGAAGUCAGUGACCUUUGCAGCACCAGGUUUGCGUUACACCUCCCAAAUGCUUUUAUCGGAUACGGCCUUUAGCAAGGACCAGCUCUUAGCUUCAGGUGAUCGCUUGGGAACGGUGGUGGUGCCAGAGCACGACCUGGUCUCUCGUGUAGAUCAACAACUGGGAGCUCAACUUGGCAUUGCCUGCGACAAAAACCUGUGCCUCGAGCGGAGCAUCCGUUCCUUCCAAAAGUUGCAAGGAAAUGGAAGAAAGGACAGCACGAGCUGGUCACGACCUGGUCACUCAAGACCUCAGAAACCAUGCAGGUUCUGUUGGUGA